GAUUUUCAUCAUCUGGGCCAUCAGCAGCUGGUUCCGGCGCGGGCCGGCGCCCCAGGAGCAGAGCGGCGCCGGCGGCACGCCGCGCGCUCCCAGCCGCAACCUCUUCCCGAAGGACACGCUGAUGGAUCUCUACGUUUACAUCUCGGAGCACGAGCACUUCACGGAGUUCAACGUGAGCUCCGCGCUCUUCUGGCAGCAGCGGGAUCUCGUCUACGGCGACUGGACGAGCGGCGCCAACGCCGACGGCUGCUACGAGCACUACGGCGAGGUGGACAUUUCCCAGAGCGUGCAGCAGAACGGCUCCAUCUACGUCCACGUCUACUUCACCAAGAGCGGCUUCCACCCGGAUCCCCGGCAGAAAAACCUCUACCGGCGCCUCGCCACGGUGCACACGUCACGCAUGAUCAACAAAUACAAACGGCGGCGGUUCCAGAAAACCAAGAACCUGCUCACGGGAGAGACGGAGGCAGAUCCCGAAAUGAUCAAGAGGGCCGAGGACUACGGCCCCGUGGAGGUGAUCUCGCACUGGCACCCCAACCUGACCAUCAACAUGGUGGACGACCACACGCCCUGGGUGAAGGGCAGCGUGCCGCCCCCCCUGGACCAGUACGUGAAGUUCGACGCCGUCAGCGGCGACUACUACCCCAUCCUCUACUUCAACGACUACUGGAACCUGCAGAAGGAUUAUUUCCCCAUCAACGAGACGCUGCAGCGCCUGCCCUUCCGCCUCUCCUUCUGCCCGCUCUCGCUGUGGCGCUGGCAGCUCUACGCCGCCCAGAGCACCAAAUCCCCCUGGAAUUUCCUGGGCGAGGACCUGUACGAGCAGUCGGACGAGGAGCAGGACUCGGUGAAGGUCGCCCUCCUGGAGACCAACCCCUACCUGCUCGCUCUGACCAUCGUCGUCUCCAUCGUCCACAGCGUCUUCGAGUUCCUGGCCUUCAAAAACGACAUCCAGUUCUGGAACAGCCGGCAGUCCCUGGAGGGCCUCUCCGUCCGCUCCGUCUUCUUCGGCGUCUUCCAGUCGCUCGUCGUCCUCCUCUACAUCCUGGACAACGAGACCAACUUUGUGGUGCAGGUCAGCGUCUUCAUCGGGCUCCUCAUCGACCUCUGGAAGAUCACGAAGGUCAUGGACGUGCGGCUGGACCGGGAGAACAAGGUGGCCGGGGUGUUUCCGCGCCUCACCUUCACGGACAAAUCCACGUACAUCGAGUCUUCCACCAAGGUGUACGAUGACAUGGCGUUCCGGUACCUCUCGUGGAUCCUCUUCCCCUUGCUGGGCUGUUACGCCGUCUACAGCCUCUUGUACCUGGAGCACAAGGGCUGGUACUCGUGGGUGCUGAGCAUGCUCUACGGCUUCCUCCUCACCUUCGGCUUCAUCACCAUGACGCCGCAGCUCUUCAUCAACUACAAGCUGAAGUCGGUGGCGCACCUGCCGUGGCGCAUGCUGACCUACAAGGCGCUCAACACCUUCAUCGACGACCUCUUCGCCUUUGUCAUCAAGAUGCCCAUGAUGUACCGGAUAGGCUGCCUGCGCGACGACGUCGUCUUCUUCAUUUACCUCUACCAGCGCUGG